UCCCCUCCCCUCCCUUCCCCAGCGCGGGGCCGGGCCGGACCUGCCCGCGCCGGCAGCGCCAUGGGCAGAAAGCGCAGGGCAUCGACCCGGCCCGCGGCCGCCAAAAAGAGGCGCUCCGGGGGGCUGCCAAAGGAGGAGGAGGAGCAGCAGGAAGAGGAAGAAGAAGAAGAGGAUGAUUUUGAAGAUAAAAAGCCCAGUAUAAAAAAGACCUCAAAAGCUCCAGCUAGGAAAAAGGGAGAAGAUUGUGAUACUGAAGUUUCCAAAUCAGCAAAAACUUCCAAACCUUCAAAACGAGAACCAAAAUCACAAAUAAAAGAAAGUAAAAAGAAUGCUAGAAAUAAAGAGAAUUGUAUCAAAGAGGAAACGUGCAGUGAUCCACUGAAGCAUCCUCAGAAGGAGAUGAAGAUAAAGACAGAAUCUCCUGUUAAAAAAGAGAUGGAUGAAGACAAUACUGACAAUGAUGAUGAUGAUGAAAGUGAAGAUGAAUGGGAGGAUGUGGAAGAACUUCAGGAACCUGCUACAGAUAAGUUAGAAGAAGCUGCUGUUCUUCCAUCAGUGGGGCUGCCAAGCAAUCCUGUUGAGAUAGAGAUUGAAACCCCAGAGCAGGUGAAGAAAAGAGAGAGGAGAGAAAAAAGAAAAGCUGAGUUUGAGAUGUACCUUCGGAGAAUGAUGAAACGUUUCAGCAAGGAAGUUCGUGAGGACACACAUAAGGUUCAUUUGCUGUGUUUAUUAGCAAAUGGUUUCUACAGGAACAGGAUCUGCAGCCAGCCAGAUCUCCUCGCCAUCGGUCUGUCCAUCGUCCCCACACGCUUCACCCAAGUGCCUGCAGGCCAAGUGGGCCUUGUCUACCUUUCCAACCUGGUGAAAUGGUUUGUUGGAACCUUCACUGUCAAUGAUGAGCUUUCCACUGAAAAAGGAGAGCCCCUUCAGUCAACACUGGAGAGGAGGUUUGCCAUCUAUGCUGCACAGGAUGAUGAGGAGCUCGUUCAUAUAUUUUUAAUUAUUCUGCGAGCAUUACAGCUACUGUGUCGCCUCGUGCUGUCUUUUCAGCCUAUUCCUCUCAAGGAGACAAGACCAAAGGGAAAGAGCUCAUCCAAGAGGCUGUCUCACAGCAGCACCUCUGAGGCACAGGAGAGUUCUGCCACGACACCCAAAGCUGUGGCAGAAACAUGUCCCUGCAAAAAAGCCAAGCAGGAUGAAAAAUCCUCAGAGAGCAAAGAAAACAACAAGGAGCCAAAGAAACCCAAAACUGCCCAGACCAAAAGGACACACAAGUCAAAGCUGACUGAAGGUAGCCAGGAACAGAAGGAAUCAAAUAAUGAGACCAGUUCAGCAGAAAAAGAUGUGCCAGUCAGGCCCAAGAACGACCGCCGGAGACGAGUGGCCUCCAAAGUCUGUUACAAGGAAGAGAGUGGAAGUGAUGAGGGCAGUGCUUCAGACUUUGAGCUUUCAGAGGAGGAGAGUGAUUUCUCUGAUGAGGAUUUUGAAAGUGUCCCUAAGAGGCGGAGAAGCUCACAGGCCUCCCAGAAUUCAAAGCUGACAACUAUGAAAAGGUCAAAAGCUGAGACUUCAGAAACAAGGCAGUCAAAAAAUGUGUGUGAAGCUGAGACUAAGCCAGCAAAAAGUGCAACUCCAGGCUUACAUCAAGCACAGAGGAAGAGAAACAAAAUAAUUUCUAGUGAUGAGGAUGAAGGACACCAGGAGAUGAGGAAAGCUGUGGGCACAGACCAGUGGCUGGAAGUUUUCCUUGAGCCUGAGGACAAGUGGGUUUGUGUAGACUGUAUUCAUGGCAAUGUGGGCCAGCCCCAGCUGUGCUUUGCACAUGCCACAAAGCCGCUUUUCUACGUUGUGGGAUUUGACAACGAUGGGAGUGUCAGGGAUGUGACACAAAGGUAUGAUCCGGUGUGGAUGACCUCAACAAGGAAGAGCCGUGUGGACCCCGAGUGGUGGGAAGAGACACUGCAGCCCUAUGAAAGUCCCCAUGUGGAGAGGAACAAGAAGGAGGAAAAUGAGUUUCAAGUGAAGCUUCAAGAUCAACCUCUACCAACAGCAAUUGGAGAGUACAAAAACCACCCUCUCUAUGCACUGAAGAGGCACCUCUUGAAAUACCAGGCCAUCUAUCCCGAGACAGCUGCUAUCUUGGGGUACUGCAGGGGAGAGGCUGUCUACUCCAGAGACUGCAUACACACUCUGCACUCCAGGGACACUUGGCUGAAGCAAGCUCGAGUGGUGAGGAUUGGAGAAGUGCCUUACAAGAUGGUAAGAGGAUUUUCCAACCGGGCAAGGAAGGCGCGCCUGGCAGAGCCGGCAAACCGGGACCUGGAGGACCUGGCACUGUUUGGCCGCUGGCAGACAGAGGAGUAUCAGCCUCCCAUAGCAGUGGAUGGAAAGGUUCCUCGGAAUGAGUAUGGAAAUGUGUAUCUCUUCUUACCAUCCAUGUUACCUGUGGGCUGUGUGCAGCUGAAACUGCCAAACCUGAACAGAGUGGCACGGAAGUUGAACAUUGACUGUGCUCAAGCCAUCACUGGAUUUGAUUUUCACGGCGGCUACUCACACCCAGUUACUGAUGGGUAUGUAGUGUGUGAGGAGUAUAAAGAGGUCCUUGUUGCUGCCUGGGAGAAUGAACAAGCAGAAAUAGAAAAGAAGGAGAAGGAGAAGCGUGAGAAAAGAGCUCUAGGGAAUUGGAAGCUGCUGACAAAAGGACUUCUCAUCAGAGAGAGACUGAAGCAACGCUACUCCAUCAAGGCUGAGCCAUCAGCACCUGAGACAGAGAAAGGAGGGGGAUUCUCUUCUGAUGAAGAAGGAGCUCCAAGCUCAGAGAGCACAGUGGGGAACACAGCCAUGUAUUGGCCCCAGAAUCGCCAGCUAGAGAAACAAGAAGACAUAACAACCAAAAAGAGCAAGCGAGAAAAGAGAGGGGAAGCAGCUCAGCUGUUCCCUUUUGAGAAAUUGUGAUUACAAGCUUUUUACACACUUUGGUGUUCUCAGAUGCAGGAAACAUAGUCAUGAUAGAAGUAUCCUUUACCAGUUAGGGCCUUAGGCUCUUCCUCUGCACUUGUGUUUCUGAGCAGGCAGGGACCAACCUAACUCAGUAUCCAGUUUCCUUUGAGAUCACAGGUAUCACUUAGCUAUCAGACUCUUCCUUUUGUCCUUGGACUCGGGAGAAGAGCUGCACCUUCCAAGAUCACUUUGCAUUGUUGGGGUUUUUGCUCUUUUGUACCACUCAGCACUAAUAGUUCAGUUUCCUGAGGCACUCCUGUCAUCAACAGUCUCUUUUCCCAUUUUUCUCAUUUUCAUUUUUCCCUGCUUGCUCAGAACUAAAGCAUCCAGCUGCUUUUUAUCUGUCUGCAGAGAAGUGGCCAAAGGAAUGCUGAUGCCUGCUUUGAUCCAUAGCUUACCCAAAUCAGUGGUGAGGUAGAGUUCUGGCCUUUCUGUCUCAAGGGGGAAGUACUUCCUUUAAGGUCUAAAAAAAGCCCCCAAAAUCAGAGUAUGGAAGAAUUAGUAUUUUUUAAAGAAUACUUACAUUUUGUGAUGUAAGUUUGGCUUUUGAGCCUGCCAUCUUUAUUUACUCUCAGAAAUCUUGUGCUGUGGAAGGGAGAAGCCCUGUCCUUAUUACCAACUUAGGGUUCAGUAUGUCUUCUUAAGCAAUUUGAAUAUGUACAUAUUUGCUUCUGCUGCUUAUCAAGAUCCUCUUCUGGAUCAAAACACGUAAAACUGGCAAAAUCUCACUGAUGGAACAAAAUUCACUAGAUCCACAGAAUUCUUAUUAUCCAGUACCAUAGCAUUAAAAAUCUUUUGAGAGAGGAAUAUUAAAUCUACAUAAGCUUUUGUUGCACUUUUGUAGUAGAAAUACUGAUCUGUCUUUGGCAGUAUGUAUCUAAAGUCCACUGACACAGUCUCUUCAAAAAUGGAGGGGAAAACAAUUUAGUCAUUGCUGGACAUUAUCACAGAGUAGGAGAUGUAAGAAAAUGACUUUCAUGUAACUAUGUUCAGAAGAAAAUCUAUUUUUGUACUGUAUUUGUAGAUCAAAAUAAAGUUUGAAAAAAAGA